CAGUCAUCGCCUAAUGGCAAGGUGAAUUGGCUCCCGACCCCAAGGCUUGUUCUUUCCACUCCUUCCAAUAUGCGUGCGAGUAUUCCAACAUUCAUUUUUCUAUCGUUUUUGCCAGUGGCCUAUGCGGCCGAUUGUGCUCAGGAUCAGCCAAGAAAGGAAGGCGACCCAUCUGGAGCACAAAUUGCAACGGCAAUAGGGUCUCUUGAUGAUGUGUGCGCUGGAAAGUGGCGGGUGGGCGACAAUGCGAAGCUGGAGAACUCUUUUAAUCACUGGAGUGUGAUUUACACUAUCCAGCGGCAAGACAACACAAAGGACCUCCGAUAUUGCAAGGAUGCAUACAAGAACAUCAUAGAUCAAUGUAUUGAAAAUGGUAAUUUCUGGGGUGGAUCUUGGAGUCUCGAUGGAGAGACUUAUACGAUAUCAAACCGCGCAUUCCCAAACAACCCUCUAGCCCCAACCGACAAUGGUGGCCCCCCCGAACAAUCCACAACCACGACUCCAAAUCCCACUUCCACCACGUCGUCUGAUACUGGACCAAUCACUUCUGCGCCGCAGACUUCGAUCCAGCCUGGCAAAUUUUCUACAACUACUCAGUCCAUUGCUGGAUUGACUGCAAACUCUGUGACUACGACCACAGAAGAUGGACACGCUACAGUUCUUCCAAUAUGGUAUGUUGGUCCUGGAGUAGGCAUUAUCGUCGUGCCAGCUGUAGGAUUCGUACCUGGCGGGAUCGUGCCACCUCCACCUGGAUUCCCGACAUUGACCAUUGGAGAAGACGGCAAUCCUUCGACCGCUAAAGAUGAUAACCCUUCUUCUUCUUCUUCUUCUUCUUCUUCUUCUUCUUCUUCUUCUUCUUCUUCUUCUUCUUCUUCAUCGUCGUCGUCGUCGUCGUCAUCGUCAUCGACAACUGCAAGCAGCUCCAGUAGUUGUACCCAAUGCUCAAAUUGCGACAUGGGAACUGCGACCAUCUCCGUAAACGAAGACGAUCUCGGUGUUUUCGGGCCCGAAGUCCCCGCAACUACAACUUCAGCCCUUGCUACUUCCACCUCUAACCCUCCCGUGCAAUCCACAGCGCCGAUUGAAUCUCCAGCAUGCGCACCGGGCGGUAUUGACUCCAAAGACUAUAUACCCGAGACUUUGGGCGAAACCAAUGCAGAUCUUCGGGAUCUUCUAUACAGAUUGAGACAGGAGGUUUGUGCUGGGACAUGCAGUACUGCCGGGCAUGGUAUUCCUGGAAAAACCGUCAGUGUUUUCAACGAGAACAAUCAGUGUGAAAUUCGCGUUGGUAUCACAUCGAAGAUUGAAGCGUACAUGUAUCGAGGCACAGCUGCGAGCGGAGAUGAACAACAGCAAUGCUGGGAUAGCUUAGCUGCUAUCAUCGAUAAAUGUGUCGACAACAAACCGAAUAAAGGGUGGUGGAACGGGAACCAUCAGUACCAAUUCUACGAGGCGGGAGUUCGUCCCCUUAAUGAUGGGUCGGCGAAGCACAACUUUCAGAUUGCGAAUUGGCUCGGGGCGUCGUCUGUCGGGUUGACUUGUGAGAAAGACUGUGUCAGCUUUGUCCCGAAUCCUGACUGGUGUGCGGCCAACUGCCAACGGCGGAAGCGGGAUACGCAAAGUUCUUUUGGCGGCUCCAGGGUUCGCAGAGCAGCGCGUGAUGUCAAGAAGACAAGCUGUGGUCUUGAGCUCGUUUUCCCGGAUUAUCCAAGUACGUCGAGAGAAGCAAGCACUGGGAAUAGUCGCUCUGCCGAAGAUUACGAUGAAAUCGUCGCCAACGGCUGGUGGGACUGGGAAGAUCAGAAUCCACUCGGGAGCUGCUUCCGAAGGAUCCGCAAAACAACCACCAGGCAGCCAGGAAAAGAAUAUGCAACGGAACAUAUCUACGAAAAAGCCAUUGUCAAGAUGUUUCUGAACUGGCUCGUGUUCAAUGCAGCAGAAGGCAAUGGCGGCUUCAACACAGGCAAAGUGACCGAUUGCGGCACCAUGAAGAAACUAUUCGGAACAACGAGCGGCGUCGAGACUUCUAAAUUCCAUUCUGUAACCCCCGCGCAGCAACUCGCAAAUGCAGUGACGUGCGAGGGUGCUGGAUGUCCCACCGCGGAUCGAGCCGGCGAGUUCUACAUCCUCGAAUCCUCGACCAACCUCCUAAAAGCCAACGUGCUGGGUGAAAUGCGUAAAGACCACGACUUCAAAACCCUCACGUGCGAUAAAGACUGGCGGGAAAACUUGCGCAAGAUGGCGACUCUAUCUGCGGUCUUCCAGUACAUCCAGGACGGCGGCGUAGCCGACGUGUUCAUCAAGGUCAAUGGACGGAUGCGGGCCGUUCUGGCCAAGCUCGACGCGGAUAGUUCGUACAGCCAGUACAAACCCAACACUCUGAAGACUCCUGGUGCUGAUGGCUCUACCGACGACCUCGAGCUUGAUGGGUGGUUGGGCGCGUACGACUAUUUCAUGCGCAUGUUUCUAGAUGUAUCGCAAGAGAAGUCGAGGCAGUUUGCGCACCAGUGCGCGGAUAAGAUUCUUGGAGGGGUUCGUUCCGAUAAUAGUCUGGAUGAUCAGGAGAAGGCGAGGUACGUGGCUUUGAUCCAGGCGAAUCGGCAGAACAAUAACGGCAUGUGGUCGGAUUCGACGCUGUCUUUUGGGUCUGGGUACAAUGGGUUAUUGACCCUAGCGUAA